AUGAAAAGGGCACCACGUCCGCAUGCAGAAGACAACCACCUCCUAUGGGGACGUAAAAAUAACAGCUCAAGGCUCGAGCAGAAUCUCGAAGCCCUCGACAUCACUUUGGUCCCGGAACAGAUCCCAUUCUUGGAGAGUGAGACCUGCUUCGAUGUUGGGUUCCCCGUCAGCAUGAUCGUCAGUUGUGAGGGAACUGGAAUUCGACUAGGUCUCUAUGAAAAUACCCGAAGCCCCGGUGCAGUUACUUGGUUCGCCGAACUUAGUUAA